UGGUCUCCCCGGACCCCGCAUUCACUAUACCUGGUCUCCCAGGACCCUGCAUUCACUAUAUCCGGUCUCCCCGGACCCUGCAUUCACUAUAUCCGCUCUUCCCGGACCCUGCAUUCACUAUAUCCGGACUCCCCGGACCCUGCAUUCACUAUAUCUGGUCUCCCCGGACCCUGCAUUCACUAUAUCCGGUCUCCCAGGACCCUGCAUUCACUAUAUCUGGUCUCCCACAGUGCACAUAAAAUGGAAAUGCACCCUCUCAAGAAGAAGAAAAAAAAAAACUUCCAAGCAAUACACACCAAACCAAGCAUGUGGAGCUUGCCUCCAAGGCUCUGUUCUAUCAGCAGG